AUGGGUUACACUCUAAUGGCAUCAACUGUAUGUUCGACGCUGGUUAACUAUCUGCUAGAUCAGAAUCAUAGAAUAUUAUCAAUUCAAUUACACACUAUGGAACAGAGUAAUAAUAAGAUUAAUGAUUUCGACAACGGUUUGAAAGUGGCAGUGGAUCAAGAGGAAGAUGUGUCAUCACAAAACAUGCAGCAUGCAAAGAGUCUGUUACUUAAACCGAAUUAUAAGAGAGUUCCCGGUAUCAGCAGAGUAACAGUACGAAGAAUGGAUAAUCAGUUGAUCAUUAUUGAGAAUCCUGAGGUCUAUAAAUGCAAUGGAACAUACAUGGUCUUUGGAAAUCCACUGAUAGAUAGUUUUGGACAAAAAUUGGUUAUUGCUCAACACCAAGCUAGACAACCUGCUUUGUUACCUUCUUUUGAAGACAGAUCGGACGAGCUGACUAUUGAUCAAAAAGAUAUUGAUAUGAUUAUAAAACAAACUAAAUGUACUGAAGACGAGGCAAUUAAUGCUCUGCAGUUGAAUCAGGGUGAUGUUGUCAAUUCAAUAUUUCAAUUAUGUAAAGAUAAAGUGUUAAUGUAA